AGGACUCAGGACCGGCCUGCUCUGCACCUCAGCAAUGGCCCUGGACAAGAACCUGUAACCAUCAUGACCUUUAACCUCACCAAGAUCAUAAAAACCUCCUCCUCCUUUGAGUUUCGGACCUGGGAUCCAGAGGGAGUGAUUUUUUAUGGUGAUACCAACCCAGAGGAUGACUGGUUUGUGCUGGGACUUCGGGAUGGCAGGCCUGAGAUCCCGCUUCAUAAUCACUGGGCCCAACUUACAGUGGGUGCUGGACCCCGGCUGGACUAUGGGAGGUGGCACCAGAUGGAAGUGAAGAUCCAUGCGGAUUCUGUGAUGGUAGGGCUGGAUGGGGAGGAGGUGCUGCAUCUGAGACAGGUCUCUGGGCCACUGGCAAACAAACCCCAGCCCAUCAUGAGGAUUGUUCUCGGGGGGCUGCUCUUCCCUGCCUCCAAACUCUGGUUGCGGCUGGUUCCUGCCCUGGAUGGCUGCCUGCGCCGGGAAGACUGGCUGGACCAGCAGGCCCAGACCUCAGCAUCUGUCCCCACUAGUCUCAGAAGCUGUGCUGUAGAGUCUCAACCUGGGAUAUUCUUCCCGCCAGGGACUGGUGCAGAAUUCAGUCUUGAAGACAUUCCCUGGCCUCAUGUAGAGCCCUGGGCCUUCUCCUUGGACCUGGGACUCCAGCUAGCAGCAGGCUCAGGCCACCUCCUUGCCCUUGGGACCCCAGAAAACCCUUUCUGGCUCAGCCUCCACCUCCAAGAUCAAAAAGUGAUGCUGUCUUCUGUGUCAGGGCCAGGGCUGGAGCUGCCCCUCAUCUUGGGGAUCACUCUUCAGCUGAAGCUGACUGUGUCCAGGGUGGUUUUGAGCCAGGGGACAAAGAAGGAGAUCCUUGCUCUGCCUCCCGUGGACCCUGCCCCCCUCGUCAACCUCUGGGCCCAAACACAGGGGCGUCUCUUCCUGGGGGCUUUGCCAGGAACUGGUUUGUGCUGGUCCCAGCUGGAAAGAACAGACAGAGUCGGGAAUAUCUCUGCCCUCAAAGAAUAUAUGGUGACUCAGCCUCCAGACCUCUGGAGAAUCCUGGCGCCCCAUCUCCUUCCUGGGGUACCCUCCUGCCUCAGCCCCCAGCUCCCUGGGAAACUUCAUGCCCAUCCCCCAUCUCCAGACCCCAUGGGGAUCCCAGUGUCCCAGCUUCCUAGGUUACGAGGAUCUUCCUACCAGUAACCCAGGCAACAGGGUGAGUCACUCAUUGGACCUGC